AGAAAGCGCUGUGAAACAAAGCGAAGCAGAGAGAGGUUUGCACUUUGCAGAGAGCAGAGAAAGGAAAAGGGGCAAAAGGGCUGAAGAAGAGAGAUGUGGGAAUCUAUCGUUUUGACGGUGGUUGCCACCGCCGGCAACAACGUCGGCAAGAUCCUUCAGAAGAAGGGCACACUCAUUCUCCCCCCUCUCUCUUUCAAGCUCAAGGUCAUAAAGGCAUAUGCUUCAAACAAAACCUGGUUGAUAGGUUUUCUUAUGGACAUAAUUGGGGCACUGUUGAUGUUAAGGGCACUUUCUCUAGCUCCUGUCUCUGUUAUCCAACCAGUUUCUGGCAGUGGACUGGCCAUUCUUUCAAUCUUUUCUCAUUUUUAUCUUAAGGAAGUCAUGAAUAUUGUUGAUUGGGUUGGCAUUACCUUGGCAGGUUUUGGCACAAUAGGAGUUGGUGCUGGAGGUGAGGAGCAAGAGGCUGCUGCUCUAUCCAUUUUAUGUGUACCGUGGCUGGCAUUUGUCGUUUUCAUCUUGUUUAUACUACUUAAUGCAUGGCUUCGUAUAUGCAAACGUCAUCGCAGAGAACAAGAGAUGAUGGAAUAUGAUGUUGUUGAGGAAAUCAUAUAUGGCUUGGAAUCUGGAAUUCUGUUUGGGAUGGCUUCUGUAAUUUCAAAGAUGGGAUUUUUAUUCCUGGAGCAAGGUUUCCCCAGCCUGUUGGUUCCUAUGUGCAUCAUCAUCAGUGUAUUCUUUAGUGGUGCAGGCUUAUUCUACCAGACACGCGGCCUAAAGCAUGGGAGGGCUAUUAUAGUUUCUACAUGUGCAGCUGUGGCAUCAAUUUUGACUGGUGUACUUGCUGGGAUGCUUGCUUUAGGCGAGCGACUCCCUUCAGCCCCAAAAGCUCGUUUCGCACUUCUUCUUGGAUGGCUGCUUAUCAUUGUUGGCGUGGUUUUACUUGUGGGUUCAAAAAGGCUGGUGAGAUUUCUUAGAGUUCCUUCGCGCCGUGUUAAGAAUUAUGGCACUCGAAGAGCCGGGACAUCCCAUAUCAAGGAACCAAGCCCGACUGCUGUCGUUCAAGCAGCAACGUUGAAUCAUUUACUAUCAUCAACUUCAAAAGAAAAAGCUUGAUUUGAAGUUAGCUGGAAAAUGAUCCUUCAUCCAUUCCCAACAAGAAAAAAAAAGAAAGAUGGGAGGUUGGGGUUGGCUUGGUAGGUUGAUUUUGUGUAUAGUUGGUUCUUUCAUCAGAGGGCAUGAAUUUUCAAGGAUCAUUCCUUCUAGCUAACGCAAUUUAAGGUAGAGUUGUUCGUUGAUUUUCUCAUGUCACCUUGUGUUAAUUUUACUCAAAUAUUGUAUAUGCAUAGCCAAGAAAGCCGUCACAACUAAUAGCAAUUUAAAGAAAUAAAAAAGAGAAAACAAACACGCCAUUGAGAAAAGAAGAAAGAA